AUGAGUUCUAUGAAAGCUUCUUUGCUUCUAUACUUUCUAUUUUUUCUCCAUCUCCAGCACUACUUUUUUCAAGCCACCUCACGAUCUACUACACGUUUAGCCACCGCUGAUCCAAGCCAUGUCAAUCUUCCGGUCCAGUCAGUUGAGUCGAAACAUGACGGUAACGCUUUUGCUGACAAAGCAGCGGAACUAGCUGUCGUUGUUAAGAAAGGAGGUGGCGGAGGUGGACACGGCGGAGGUGGCGGAGGUGGCGGAGGUGGACGUGGCGGAGGUGGACGUGGAGGUGGACGCAGCUCUGGUGGAGGAGGACGAGGAGUGUAUCCAGGUUUUGGAGUAGGUGGUGGACGCAGCUCUGGUGGAGGAGGACGAGGAGUGUAUCCAGGUUUUGGAGUAGGUGGUGGACGCAGCUCUGGUGGAGGAGGACGAGGAGUGUAUCCAGGUUUUGGAGUAGGUGGUGGAUUUCAUCACCAUGGUGGUAACCGUUCAAGCGGCGACCGGAAAAGUGUUAGCGUUCUACUUGGUUUAUCGACUUUACUCGGUUUAGUUUUGGGUUUUUAG